AUGCUGCCUUCCUCGAGAGCUUUAUUAAGCCCGCUGCUGCUUCUAAUCAUCGCUGGAAGCACCGGUGCCUUCGGCUCCCGACAAGGAGAAUGCUCGUUUCCACCGAAAUGGGAGGGUACCUGGUUCCAGAGCGGGGUCACACACCCCAUCGUCAUCUCCAAGAACGAGCUGUCUGGCAAGGGCAGGUGCUUGCACAACGAAGGCGACAAGUUCCUUCUGGUGAACCAAAAAUCCUGCUACCGUUGCGUCGUCAUUCACGAGAAGCACUCGAACGUUCUCCAGUACAAAGAAACUUACUGUAACAGUAGAAACUCGCUGGCGUCCCUGUGCUCGUCCAUCACCGGAGAUGCCCUGCUCUAUUCGAUGUUCCGGGAGGAGGCGAUACCUGUGCCCUGCCCCUUUCGAGGCCCCAUGACCUUCUCGUACAAUCGGGGCCACGGAACUUGCUCGGUGCCCGUCAGCAAUGUGGAUACCUGCACGGACGACAGCAGAUUGCUCUUCAGAUACCAGGCCUGCCCGGACAUACCUGCCUCCGAAAGCGCAGUGGAGGAGCUGGAGUGCCUGGCCACCUGGAAGGAGGGCAGCAGCCGCUACCUGGUCGGCCGUUUACAUCAUGGACACGUGUCCAGUAACGAAGAUCGAUACCGAUGCUUCGUCUACGAGAAGGCUGGCCAGACAGUGCAGGGUAAUCUGCACAGAGCUGCCAUGGGCAUGGGAGCCGUGGAUCAUGAUGUCGGUUUACAGAGCGGACCGGUGCCCGAGGGUGCGGCCGAGAUAUACCGGGUGGCGCAGAGCGGAGACGCCACGUGCAACGGCCUGUUCAGCCCCAUGGAGGGAUCCCGGACUAUGACUCUCAUGAAAGUCUCGCCACCCGGCCAGUGUCGAUUUCCCAAUUGGUUGACCGGCCAUUCCAGCGGCGGACUGACCUGGCACACCCUCGACCUGACCAGGUCUUACACGUUCCACGUGCGGAACGCUUCUUUGCACGUGACCAGAUCGAACACCAGCUCCUCGAGGUUCGACAGUGGCACCGUGGACGGCCAGUACGUACCUGGCCAGGAGGACCAGGACGUGAAGAUAUUGUGCAACAGCGUGAAGCAAUCGACCGCCGCCCAGACGAUGACGAUGACCAUGCUGGUGGCGCAUUACACCGUCGGAUGUCGGAGCGGUUUUAUGUGCAUGACGUUCUACCGAAGAGACGGCCACGUGAUGGAGGUGCAGACCGGAAGCGCCGUUUCGAGGCCGGAAGAAGCUUGCAGCUCGCCCCAUUUUCAACAGCACAACAUACCCUUUCUCACCUUAGUCACGAGCUCCCCGGAGCCACGUACGUGCCCGUACUUGGGCAAAUUUACGGUGACCGGGGUGAACCGGAACCAGCGGAACAUCCGCGAGAGCCGGCGGAACCAGCACCAGGAGGGCGUCAGACGGGACAGGGAAAAAGUACGGCACGCCCAGGAACGGACGCAGGAGGAUCGACGGGGCCGGAAGCUCGACUUCGAGGCGGACAAACGACGGGCGAACAACGAGUACCUCGUCCACGAGCGGAUGGGACGGCGCGCCAGGUCGAAUCGCAACAACAGGGGCCAUCACAGCCUGGAGGAGGCGUCCUCGAAGCGGUCGCUGGACAUCGAGGACCUUCUUCGAGACCGUUCGUGGUCGAGAUCCGGCGUGAGGAAGGCCCACGACGUCGAGAAACGAUCGACGAAGAGCGACAGGUCGAGAAGAAGUCCGAAGAUGGAGGACUUCCGGGUGGACGCGGACGAUUUCGCGCGCAUCAGGCAGUUCUGGACGUCCGACUUCGACGACCCGGACGGCUCGAGCAUCCUCGAGGUGCAGGAGGAUUAUUUCGGAGAUUAUCCGGACAGCUCCGACCUGCCGAAGAAGAGGUCGGGCAGGUAUUACCGGAAGAUGAUGUACGAGGAUCUGUCGAGGACGAGGAGGGACGUCGAGGAGCUCGAUUCCGGGGACGAUUCCUCCGAGAGAAGGGAAAAGAGGGAGGAGGACAUCUCCAGGUGCAGCUCGGAGGUCACCACCAUAACCAUAGGAUGCUCCACCGCGGACAGGAUGGAGUUUCAAACCGAUUGCGUCGACGACAACGCGAUAGCUUACUCCUGCCACGGUAGAUGGUUCGACGCCGAGGGCACCCAAUUCGUGAUCGCCACCCAACUGGCGCCCGGUACAACUUGGACGGGCGAGAGCAACAGACCCCAGCCCUACAGGAACAGCCGAAGAUUGUGCUUCAUGUACAAAGAGAGCGGCGGAGUUGUCAGUUUGACUGCCAGCGAGGUGGCUUGCCAAAGAGGAAUACCUCCGCCCCCGCCGAUGUUGGCCUUCAAUGCUACCAGUACCGGUCAAUGCAUGGAAGAGAACGGGGCGUCCGUCGCUCGAUCGACGUACCUGAUGAUCGUCAGCCUGAUGGCGAUCGUCGCGAUAUACAGGUGAUUCUAAUC